GAAUGAGGGGCGGGGCUCAUACACGUGGAGUCGUAAACAAAAUGGCUAAUCUGCUACAGCUCUUUCGUUCCUUUACCAGCCGUUUACAUCUCCAGUUACCGCCACAGCAAAUCACGAAGAGAUUCUACGCUUCAAGAAACCCACUGGAGAGACGGACAGCAAAGGAGCUUUACGAUGCACUUACUGGGGGAAAAGGGGGAAGGAAAGGAAGAGGACAGAAAUGGGACAGGGUGGAAUGGGUCCAACUACCUAGGAAGAUACCUUUGGGUCGUGGAAGAACGGGCAAAAGAUGGCCUGGGCUAAGUUAUCCAUUACCUCCAGCAAAAGAGUCAACUGGCCCUUUACUUGAUAGUCAAAAGAAGCUCCUUGCUCCGGUUGAAUUAUCGGAGCAAACCGAGCAAGAAGGUCUAGAUGAUUUGGGCAUCAUCAGCAUCUCCGAUCUAAAGGGAGAGUACCGUUCUAAACGGAGCCUUCACGAAAUGAACUGGAGCAAGAAAGGUUGGAGUGGAAGGACUUGGAAAGGCCGCUACGUUGGCAUACCAGAGGCUGCUAAUGGGACUCCAAUGCCAGAUUUUCACUCGGUCAUUUUGGACAUGUACCGGGCACGCUGGAAGUGUUCAAUGGGGUCACAGUUUGCUAUACAAACCUCGGUGAUUGUUGGUAAUGGAAAGGGGAUGGUCGGGUUUGGCGUGGCACGCUCUAAGGACAUGCGUGGGUGUAUUCGCAGAGCAAAGAACAGGGCAGUGAAACAGCUAAGAUGUAUACCAAUAUGCGAAGGGCACACCAUCUUUCAUAAUAUCAAGUCCAAGUGUGUGAGGACGAGAGUACUCAUGGAGCGGAAGGAAAAAGGAUUUGGUUUAAGGUGUAAUCCCAAGUUACAGGCGGUCAUGCAGCUGAUCGGGAUCAAAGACAUACGCAUCAAACAACUUGGUAGUAACCACGUCGGCCAUCUUGUUCGUGCUACUUUGAGCGGACUCUUGGGACAAGAGACUUACGAGUCUUUGGCUAAUAAAACUGGCGAGUUUGUUGUGCAGUAUCGAACUGAAUAUAGUGGACGACCGCUAGUUGUUGGAGUCCCUUCAUCUACAGACGAGUCUUUUCUGAUCUGGCUGAGAGAUCAUCAGAUGCUUCACAGUGACUUGGAACAGAAAUUAUUUAAGAAUAAGCAGUAAUUAAUAAUUAUUUUAGUUAUUUUAGUAUGUAAUAUAGUGUAUUAAUAAUUAUCAUUUCAAUAUAAGUUUAUAUUUGUCAGUAUGGCUAAGCAAGCUA